AUGGUGAAAUUCCUGGAAACUCUUGACGAUGACGACACGGUUAUCUGCAUGGAUGGAGGUCAGCUGUUCUCAGCCAAUCAGAAGCUGGGAACACCGGCGGUGUUUGGAGCAUAUAAGCGAGUGGAUCGCAAGGUGAAACCAGUUCCUGCAGUGUUUCCUGAAGAUGCUCGCGUAACCCGGCAGUUCCCUGAAGACCCACUUGCAUCGCUGGUACCUUUGCCCAAGCAACCUCCCGAGUUUGUACCUAAUGGAGGCCGGCUCACCCAGGAAUACUUAGAUGAGAUGAAUAUCAACUCUAAGGAAUUUCUCUGGCCAGAAGAAGAGAAGUUGUUCAAGCACGUCCUUCAGAUUCAC